AUGACUUCUUCCGAAACCAGUCUUCAAGAACGCUCCAUAUCUUUCGACUACGAAAUCGAGGACGCGGCCGAUCUUUACCGAGACGAAGUGCUGCCUGAGGGAGUAGCGGAGGUUGAUGGGAACUGUGGCCGCGUCAUCCCAGAAGAGAUGGAGUACGUUUGCUUGGAAGGAAUGAGCAAAGUGGGAAGGAUACUCCGCGCAGACGCCACGAUCCCCGACCGACUGGUCGUACUGAGCGAGUACAACGAGCUCGUCACGUCUCUUAUGUCGGGCCGUCUCUCCGACGAAAAUCAGUCAGUUGUGGUACUCGGUCAACCGGGAAUCGGAAAGACACUUUUUCUCGUGUAUCUUCUCCUCUAUCGACUCAAGCGGCGGCUGCCGACGGCUAUACAACUCGGGGGCGUGCAAUACGUCGUCUUUGACGGCCGAGGUGCUGUCGUUUGUCGCCCCAAUGAGGCUGAGUGCCGACUACAAAGGUGUUGGGCGUUGGCCGAUAGCAAUGCUUCUGUGGGACAACCCUGCCCUGCUUUCUUAGGCGGUGCUCUGCGUGUUAUUCAGGCAACGUUGCCGGAAGCUUCAAGAUGGAAGCACUGGGCGAAGCAGAAGAUGGCUAUGUUGCAUGUCAUGGAUCUGCCGGGCUUGAUGGAAGUAGCGGCUAUGGUGAAAGAAAGCGGGUGCGAUCCGUCGGAAGUGCCCGGGUACUUUUCCAACUGGGGCCCGGCUACCAGAGGAAUCAUCAAUGCUCUACAUGACCCCGAAAACCACCUUCGUUCCCUUGAAAGCAAGGCAAGAACAGCGGCCGGUGCGAUCUGCGAGGAGCCGUCCAUCCUGCGGACUUUAUCUCACAGACAGUAUCCCGGCGCGUUGAACAGCGUAAGCUCCGAUGUGCUGUUCAUGCGCCCAUAUCGCGCACACAAUCCGGAUGGGACCGUGCAGGUGCACAGGCAUGAACUGGUCGCUAUGGUUCCUACGAGGCGACUCAAGGAUAUCCUCGAGGAUGAACUGCGGAGGAUGAACAAUACGAGGGCCCUCGAAGCCUUGCGUCUUCAGAGCUCAGGCAGAGGCUAG